AUGAUGAAACAUGACCAGUUAUCCAUGAAUUCCGAAAUGUUUCCCUUUCUUCCAAUACGGUCUGAUAUAUCUGAGGCCAGCAAGUCUUAUCGUAGUCGGGAGAAGACCAACACCACUGUGACAGGGAGUAUAAAAGGUUUGAAAACAGAUCGGAAUCGUAGACAUACCUCACCAAAUCAUCAGCAGAAUAAAGCAGUACCUUAUAUCAUAGACAAUAUCAAUCUACCACGUCUAGAUCCCAACACACCACGACGACGACGCUAUGCUGGAGGUUCUGUGGGUUAUAUUAUAUCUUUUACUGUGGGGCCCUGUAAUCAAUUUAAAGAGAGGUUUUAUAGUUGUUUUAUUUGUGGUGCGAAAAAUAUACCAGAUUAUGAUGAUGCUAUCCCAAAAACCACUUGGUUGGAAUGUAUGGCAUUUGUGAUAGACACUGGUCAACUUUUUUGGAAUAUACGACAGAUGGAUGGUCUGACCUCUAGACCAGAAGAACCAGAAGAAAUUAACCCUCAACCAGCCCCAUUUAAAUCUCAGGAUUUUUUAUCAUCAACAGUUAUGAAGAACAUGCCAAUAUCAAAACGUCAUCAGGACACCUUUAAUACUUUAGAUAAUUUAUAUUCUGGUAAACGUGGUCAGGCUUUACAUACACAACGAUAUAACUGGGAUACCAGCAGAUCUUUUGACAGUAUGUCCCAGAGAGAUAGAUUAAUAGCUGAAAUAGAGAGUUUAGAGAGGUUAAGAGAUAUCAGACGUAAAACUGAAAUUUUACCACAUCGAUUACCACUUGAUAUGUGUAUGGGUGGUAAACGUUUAGAUAUUGAAGAAAGAUUUGAUAUCAAUAGAGAGAUAAGAAGACUAAAGGCAAUGGUCCUACCACAGUAUGCUAAAGAUCUCUAUCAUGGUCGUGGUAUACAUUUACCAAGAAGUAAUCAUAAUUCAAUAAAGCCAAGACAACCACAGAUUUCAGAAUUUGAUGAUUAUGAUGAUAAUGUAACAAAUUCCGCCCCUCCAUCUUUAAUAAGAAAACCCUAUGGUGUUAGUACACAGAGAUCUUUUAAUGAGUCUUUACCACAAUCACAUCGUAAAGAUAUUUUACCACAAAUUAACAGAAAUCCACAUUUAGGUUUUGAUUUGGAUGCCUCUCUCUCCCGGUCUAAUGCCUUACCUAGUCUUAAUAGAAGUCCGGCAUCAUGGAUACAAGAUCAAAAUAAACAUCUUAAAGAAAGACAAUUAGAAGAAGAAGAAAAUGAAAGGAAAAAACAAGAUGUGGUCAGAAUACCUGAAGCUGAAAGAUCAAAUACAGAUGUGAUAACACCUGGUGCCCCUCCACCUACUGCUGGUUUAACAAUAACACCUUCUGGUUAUUUAACACCUAGUAAAACACCAUACCCUCUUAAGGGUACAGAGUUAUCAGAAAUUGUACCAGAAGAACAGCAAGAAACUCUCAGACAGAAAUUUCAUUCUUUAAACACAGAUUCUACAGGCCACCUGGACUUUGAUCAACUAAGACAAGAGCUUCCAUCAGAAAUAACUAUACAACAAGAAAACUUUCUGAAACAGGUAUAUGAUAUUACAAGUUCCAGUACAUAUUUUGGUGUAGAUGAAUUUCUCAACAUGUCUAAACUAGGAGACACUGUUUAUGAAUUGAGUGGUGAAGCUAAAGAAGCGUUUAAAGAUUUAGAUGAUGUAGAAUUAAAACAAUUCAUCAUUCAUUAUGUGGACCUGUUCCAGUCAGUAGAUAGAAAUCACAGUGGUAAAAUAUCUUUAAGGUCUUUGAAAGAAAUCUUAUCUACCGCUUGGGAUGUGAAUUUAGAAGACACAACAACCUGGUCUAAAAUGAUAGACACUGUUAACAUGAUGAAACCCGAUCAAAUUACCAAAAUUGAGUAUUUGGCUCAUCUGCCAUAUUUUCACAGGUUUUCUAACAGCAUGAAGUCUUGA